AUGGCGAAGAAGAAGCGUGUGGUCCGAAAGUCUUCACCUCAAUUGUCUGAGCAUGGAUCCAGUAGUAGUCUGAAUAAUGAGAAGGAAGAAGCUGGUGAUGGGGUAACUGUGCAGGAAGAAACGAUAACAGAAAUGAUUAAUAAUGGUGAAUUUGCGAUUCCUCCGUCUCCGAUUCAUGAACGGUUUGCUCGUGACCCCCAUCUAACUUAUCAGGAACCUUUGAUUAAGAAUGGCAUUAAGAUUGCUCAAGUCGACCCUGAGGAGGUGAAGUUCCAAGCUGCGAACUGGAGCUCUGCUGUAAUCUGUAUGGUGCUUGGUGAGAACCCACCAAUGGCGGUGUUUGAGGGUUAUAUUAAGAGAAUUUGGGGCCAUCUUGGGAUUGCGCAGAUAGCACGUAUGACCAUGGGUUUAACAAUGGUGAAAUUUAAUGAUGAGGCGACUAAAGAUCUGGUUUUAGAGAAUGGUGUUUUUCAGUUUGAUAGAAAACCGGUUAUAGUCAGACCGUGGUCCUCAGAUCUAGAUGCGGUUAAGUUAAUCCGAUCUGUUCCAUUAUGGAUUCGACUUCAUGAUCUAGGUCUUCAAUACUGGGGGAACAAAUGCCUAAGGGCAUUGGUUAGUACUAUUGGGAAGCCUAUAAUGGUGGAUCAGUUUACUAGGGAUCGCACUAGGAUUCAAUUUGCUCGGAUUCUGGUUGAGAUGGAUAUAACGGAUGCACCACCAAGAAUGAUUCAAUUUCUAAAUGAAAAAGGUCAGUUGGUGGAGCAGGGGAUAGAUUACGAGUGGUUACCAAUGAAAUGUAAAACAUGUUUGGGUUAUGGCCACAUUAUGGCAGACUGUAGGAAAGGGGAAGUUGAGAAGAAAGUGAGGAAUAUAGAGAGGAAUGCUCAUGUGACUAAACCAGAGGAACACUCUCAGAUCCCUCCCAUUUCGAGUCCUGUUUCUUCUAAGAUGCAGCCAUCUGGUUCAGGAAAAAAAGAUGAUAAAGCGCUAAGUAAAAAUGACUGGAAAACUCCUAGAAAAACUACUGGUUUAAGAAUGAAGGAACAUGUUCCAGGUUCUACAUCAGAUCAUGACCAAGAGGCUGGGCAGAGAUCAGUGAACGUUUUCAGUAUUUUGCAAGACAAGGAAGGUUAUGAGGAAGAGGUGGUAGAGUGUAGAGAAACAAAGGGUUUUGGGGGUUUGUUAGAAACUAAGUUGAAAGGGAAUAAAGUGCAGGAGCUAAUGGACAAGAAAUUUACUAGCUGGGAGUUCUAUAACAGUCCUAUUGUUGAGGGCAGGUUGUUGAUUAUAUGGAGGAAGAGUUUUGUUAGAGUUUUAGUUAUUGCUAAAUCUUCUCAGCAUGUUCAUUGUGUGGUUAAAAUGGCUGGUCAAGUUAAUGCUUUCUGUCUCACAUUUGUUUAUGGUUUUAAUACUAUUGAAGACAGGAAGAUUCUAUGGCAAAAUCUGGUGCAGCUCAAUUUUCCUGUUUCACCAUGGUUAAUACUUGGGGAUUUUAACUCAGUCUUUUAUGUUGAUGACAGAAAUGGAGGGAAUCCCAUUACGCAUACUAAAAUGGUUGACUCUAAUCUUUGGUUAGCUCAAUCUAAUGUUGUAGCUCUCAAAAGCUUUGGUUCAAUUUUUACUUGGACUAAUAACCAAGUUGGCUCUAAUCGAAUCUACUCCAAGAUUGAUCAUGUAUUUGUCAAUGAGGAGUGGCAUGAUUUCUUUCCUAACACUGCAACUCGGUUUAGUUGGGAAGCUAUUUCAGAUCAUUGUUCUUGUGUAGUAUCAGCUUCAGCUACAGAGACAAUUGGGAUCAAGCCUUUUCAGUUUUAUAAUUUCUGGGUUGAUCAUCACGAUUUCAAGUCCAUGGUGGAGCAAAGUUGGAAGAGGCCAUUGACUUCUAGAGGGCUAAAAGGGAUAUACUUAAAACUUAUGAGAGUUAAGCAUUGCCUCAAGAAGUUUAAUCAUGAAGUGAUUGGAGAUAUUGGGAAAAGUUAUCAGGAAGCGAAAUCUUGUUACAGUGAGGCUAAAUUUCAAGCGUAA